AUGUCUGCCCAGUGCGCUGUAACCAGGACGGCUCCUAUCGCCAUUGCGCCUAAACCACCGCGCGUCCCCCCGAGCCGUCAAGGCAGCAUAAACCUAGACUCGUACCCCAGACUCCGAAGCGGCUUCGACUCCCCCGACUCGGACUCUGUAAGCGGGCACUCGGCACCACCUUGCGAGGCCUGUCUCCACCGGCGGAGCGAUUGUGUCAUGAGCGACGACGAGGAGAGCUGUGUUGCGUGCCUUGUCACCGGGACCGAGUGCUCCCUGACCGAGAGCCCGCCUAUAAGGAAACGCAAGCUGAACGGUGACGUAGAGGGCGGCAGCAGUAGCAAGAGAAGUUCUCCCGGCCGCUAUGAUAACAACAGGAGACGACGGCAUCAGCGGCCGAGCGUCUCGUGCACCACGGCCAGCAGCUCCCUGAUAGAGGACAUGGCCAACUUUGGCGGGCCUACGCUGCUGAAGCGCACCCUCGGCCUCCAAGCGGACAGGUAUAGUCAGUACAUCGGGCCCACCACCGACUUCGAGCCAUCCCUGAUCAACCUGUCGCCGUUUGACCCGCACGAUGAGAGUCUCCUCGCACGUGGCACCCUCAGGAGGGUGAGCGACAAUGACACCUUCUUAUUGUUGCCCGACAGCAACACCCCUGGCUACGAGCACAUCGUGAAUGACGCCGACGAGAUCGAGAAUUUGGUCGCGCCACAUGGCCGCAAGCUGAUAGAUUUGUACUUUCGGGUCGUGCACCCAGCCUUCCCCAUCAUUCAGAAGGGCGUUUUCCUCGAGAAGUACGAACGGUCGCAUCGCGAGUUUGACCCCCCGCUCCUCGCCGCCAUUUAUAUCUUGGCCAUUAACUGGUGGGACCACUCGGAGGAACUAGCCAGUCUCCCGAAGCCCAAUGUCCGGGAGUUGGAGAGAUUGGUGCGGACCACGCUCGCAGAUGCCAUGUACCGCCCGAAACUGUCGACAAUCCAAGCCGGGCUGAUCCUCUCGCAGCGGCCCGAGGGAGACCAGUGGGCACCCACGGCGCAACUGAUCGCCAUCGCGCAAGAGUUGGGUCUCCAUCUGGAUUGCACUCACUGGAAAAUCCCGCCCUGGGAGCGCGGUCUGAGGAAGCGCCUGGCUUGGGCGUUGUAUAUGCAGGAUAAAUGGGGCGCUCUAGUCCAUGGGCGACCUUCCCACAUAUUCUCAUCCAACUGGGCCGUUCAGCAGCUAAACCCCAACGACUUUCCAGAUGUGGAAUGGGACGACAAUGAUGUUGAAGAGAGGAUAGAGAUCGAGCGUGGCCGGGUGCUGUUUGCGCAGAUGGUGCAGCUAUCACAGAUCCUCGCCGAGAUUCUCGAGACGUUCUAUACCCUGCAGGCCUCGCAGGCUGCCGCGAACGCGGGCGCCCAGGGCACGCAGCUGAUCCUGUCUCUCGCCAAGCCGAUCCAGCUCAAGCUCAAAGAGUGGUACAGCGGACUGCCGGCCAUCGUGCGUAUGGACUCGACCUUCCAGGCCAACCCGCCCCCGCCCAGCCGCCUCUCCAGCAUAGGCUAUCUUCACCUCGCCUAUUUCGCCACCGAGAUUACCUUACACCGACGCAUCAUCCGCUCAAUAGACGAAUCUACCGCCGCCGCAGCAGCAUCCAGCCCGCCCAACCCUCGCUUCUCACCACCCCAGGCCGGCGGCGCGACCGCGCCCUCAUCCGGCGGCGUCGAUCCGUACAUCCAGCACAUCUGCCGCAGCGCCGCCAAGGCCCGGCUCAUCUCGGCCAUGGACUUUGUCAACCGCCUCACGCCCUCACACCUGCGCGCCUUUUGGUACUUUGCCUCCAAGGCCAACUUCGCCCUCAUCGGCACCUUUGGCUCCCUGCUUUGGGCCACCUCGCCGGGGCGCGAAGAAGCCGACUGGUACCGCCGCCGCCUGGCCGAGUACCGCUGGACCCUCUCGGUCAGCUCCAAGCCGGGCGAGGGCAGAGGCCUGACCGAGUUCGCCAUGGGCAUGCUCGACAUCUCGACGGGCUUGCUCAAGCAACUACCCGAAAAGCCCUUGCUCAGCCGCAGCGCGUCCGGCGUCGACAUCGAUGCCGCCCGGAGACAGAGCUUCCUUGCCCUCGGUGGCAGCGCGAGCACAACCAGCUUGAGUGCCCUGGGCGGUGGUAGUGGUAGUGGUUCUGGUGUUGGUGGUGGUGCUGGUGGGAGAGGGUUUGGAUCGCAAAGGAUGCACAGUGCCAGCGCCAGCGCCGAGGCGAGUGGUCUGCACAGCCCGAGGAGUGAGGAAGGAGACAGUGUCAGCAGUGAGGAUGGAGUUUACGGUAAUUUCUCGGCCACGGCGGGCAUGGCGGGCAUGGGCGAUUCAUGA